GCGCGGCCGUGGCAACGCUCCACUCUCCCGGAGGCCGGAACCCCUCGCCGGCCACGCCAUUCUGUGGCGGAGGCGGGCGGCACCACCGGCGACGCAAAAAAAAAAGAAGAGAGAAUUUGAUUUGAAAUAGCGCUCGGCGAACUGUAUAUUCUUUCUCCGCCCUUCUCUCGGCGCUCGGCGCAUCCUCUCUACCUCCGUAGCAACCUGCGCCUGCGCGAGCCGAUCGAUCCAUUCAUCCAUGGCGUGCAGCUUCCCCCCUUCCUCCGCCACGAGGCUCCAUGCCGUGGACGCCGCGGCGGCGGGCGUGGGGAACGGCAGGGUCCCCCUCAGGGCCCCCGUCGCCCCCGCGCAGAGGUCGCUCGGCUGCUGCAGGGCGGCCGCGCGGCAGGACAGCGCCAGCGCCACGCAGGAGCCUAGGGCCGCAGUUUCUACGGCUCGUACACAGUUGGACCUCCUGGAACAACUGACAUCCCCUACAUCUGAUGGCAUUGCUGGCCUAGAGAAUCGUACACUCCCAGAACCCCGUCAACGCGCUACUAUCCGCGAGCAACUGUCAGCACUGGCCAAUGGUAAGGUUGACGAGUUCACCCUCCCAUUGGGCAAGAAGCUGAAGGAAGGCCUGAAGAGACUCAACUCCCCGACGUUGUCGCAAAGGAGGAACAUCAAGAGGCAGGCCAUGCUUACCCAGGUCAGUGGACGGAAUGACUCGGUGUUCUUCGCGACCGUUGGGGCGUUUGUGCUUGUCCCACCUUUUGCCAUUCUAGCUAUUGCUGUCGUAACUGGUUAUAUCCAGCUCUUGCCUUGAACAUGAUUACAUGAAGGCGCAGGCAGGUUCACUUGUCAUCUCCAGACUGUCAUAUAGGAAGGUAUUUUUGCUCUGCAGCAGAACUGUAUAUAUACACAUUGUAGCAAUUUGUAUGUGGUGUAACUGGGUAAGUAGGUCUUAUGUGCAAGGUUGUAAGCACUUGAUGUGGCACAGAGUUAGCAUAAGAAACAUCUAUGGAUCGAUAUGAAAACAACAAGGAAGAAAUGCUGAGUACUGAAUACAGACAGAAAUAAUAAUAGAGGUGUAACAUGUAUAAAAAAGGUCAUAUGUUACAAAUUUAUGUGGUGA